AUAAUAAUUUACUCUCUGAACGUCCUUGAACAUUUAUAUAAUGCAUAUAAGGUUGUGCUAAAUUUGCUACCUGUCCUCUUCAUUUAGCUUUGCCGAACUGUUCAGUUCCGUCUUCUUUGUCUUAUCUUUGACCAGCUUCUGUUUACAAAGGGGAGGUUUUGAACUAUCCUGCGUUGUUUUUGAGCGAUUCUUGAUAGAAAAGAAAGAGGGACAGCUAAUGGAAGAGCGUAUUUUAAGAAUAAUCACAUUGGGAAUCAUUUCAUGGACAACAGCAUUUCAUCUCUUUAGAAAGUUCUUGCCAAAGCGAUCUUUUGAAUUCUGCAAUCGCCUGGUUUCUACGGUCCAUGCAACUUUAGCUUUUACACUUGCUUCUCUCACUGUUGAAGACUGGACAUGUCCAGUUUGUCCUCUGUCUUCGAGACCUUCACCCAGUCAGAUGCAAACCCUGGCAGUUUCCCUUUCUUAUCUCAUUUAUGAUCUGAUAUGUUGUCAAUUCGACAAGCGAGUCACCAUUGACAACACAAUACACCAUUUGGUUAGCAUUGUUGGUAUAGGAGCAAGCCUUGCCUAUGGGAAGUGUGGAUCAGAAUUGAUUGCAGCCCUAUGCAUAACAGAGAUCUCCAGCCCUUUCCUUCACCUGAGAGAACUUCUCAAGGAGCUUGGUUACAGGGACACUGACCUUAAUUUGGCUGCUGAUAUCUUAUUUGCAGUUGUAUUCUCGUUUGCAAGAAUGGUUUUUGGGCCUUACCUUGCUUGGGUGACUCUUACAGCCGACAACCCUCUCGUUAUCAAGGCAAUGGCAGUGGGAUUGCAGCUGGUUAGUGCUUACUGGUUCUUCAAGAUUGCCAGGAUGAUGAACUACAAGCUAACCAAAAGGGUUGCAUCUAAAAACCUAGUCGACAUUGAAAAAUUGUAAAAUAAAGUUUAAUGAUUUUGUAUAACAAAAUAAACCCACGACCAUAUGUUGUGGUU